AUGAUGAAGUCGACGAAUCUUAAAGGCACAGACGAUGGAAUGGAGCUUGCCGCACUACACUGCUGGGGAUAUUCAUCUCAGCGUGACAGUCGUCUCACCGAUGUUCAGUAUCAAAAUGACCUGAUAAGGUUCUGUAACAAUCGUUGUGAGACUGAUUGGAUCUCCUUGUGUAAAUCGUGUCAAGUAAUUCGGUUUGGCAAAGACCGAAAAUUACCAAAAUCAACUUAUCUUUUGGAGUUCCGGGUAAAGCCGUGCGAACAGUUCAAACAACAUCAAUGUCAACAGCAUCGCCCUUAUACUUGUUUUAAUUAUCACUUUGCAAAUCAGAGGAGAAGACGACCAGUUCGUAGAGAAGACGGCACUUUUAAUUAUUCAGCUGGUGUAUAUUGCGAUAAAUACGAUGAAAAUACUGGAGAUUGUCCCGAUGGUGACAGUUGCGAGUUCUUGCAUCGAGUUGCUGGAGAUGUGGAACGGAAGUAUCAUCCUCGGUAUUACAAAACAGCAUUAUGUGUGCACCCAACAGAUGCCCGGGGGCUUUGUUCAAAGAACGGAGCUCACUGCGCUUUUGCCCAUAGUACUCAGGACCUAAGACAGCCUUUACAUGACGCGUUAGAGUCUUAUGAUGGGUCACUACUGGAUUCAGAGAAUCGUGACAAAACAAGCUUCGUCAUCGAAGAUCCUAUUUGGAAUGAUCAAAUGCACGUCCUUUCCUGUUACAAAACGGAGCAGUGUCGGAAACCUGCACGACUCUGCCGUCAGGGCUAUGCUUGUCCAUUCUAUCACAGUUCCAAGGACAGGAGAAGGCCGCCAGCUUUGUAUAAAUACAGAUCUACUCCUUGCCCAGCAGCAAAAUCGGGUGAUGAGUGGUUAGAACCAGAGCAGUGUGAAAAUGGUUCUGAAUGUGGUUACUGCCAUACCCGAACUGAACAACAGUUCCAUCCGGAUAUCUAUAAGUCAACGAAAUGUAAUAAUAUGUUAGAACACGGCUAUUGUCCUCGAGGGGUUUUUUGUGCAUUUGCUCAUCACGAUUCGGAGCUUGAUGUCCAACGCGUUCCGUACUAUAAGUCUGCUGGAACAACUUCAAAUGCCCCGGCACCGAUCGUUCCUGAAAAUACCACUGCAAGUGCUCCCUCACCAGUCUCACACACAGAUUCUAACAACACAAGUAUUUCAACACAUUUCACUUCAGGAACGACGCCUACUUAUUCGGCUGUUUUAAAACACCGACAAUCACAGACCAAAAAUACUUCGGAAGAUUCACAAAACCAGAACAGUUAUUUUAAAGCUCCGGGCUACGAAAGGGCUCAAAUGUCGCCUCAACGCAACAACGAUGCAGCUGCCGGUCGUAUGCGAACCUCCUCCCUUACAAUGGGACCACUAGAUUUAGGAUUUUCCGUUAGUGGUGACAGUCUGGUUUCAUCGUUACCCUCAUACUCUGCUUUCAAUAAUUUACCAAGGACUGUCGGCGAAAAUUCUUUGCGGGUCCUUCCAAACGCUAUAGACGAAAUUCCUCUUGAUGAAAUCUCUAAUUCGGCUUUGUCACCAAUAACUGAAGUUAAAGAAAAUAAGCUGUUAGGAGACGUCUUUUCAACUAGCGGAUUUCCUUCUGCAACAUCACCGUUACAAAUUCCCGGUCCGAGUUCGCCUUUCGGGCCUUCUUCGUUGACAUCAGUUGGUGAUUCUUUGUUUGCACAUCACAAAAUUAGCAACGAUUCUGCCGUUUCGAUUGGUGAUUAUGUUGGAUCUGCAAGCUCGCUAUCGCUUUUUCAAGAAAAUCCCGUCAGUGACUUUUCGUCUUUGCCAAGCGAACUCUUAUCAAGGGAAGAGCUACAAGAACAGUUACGGAAAAAGAGUGAGGAAUUAAUUGUACACCAUCAAAAAUUGACGAUUUGGGAGGAAGGCUUGAAAAAAGCUCGCCAAGCCUGUGAAGUUUGGAGGAAAAACGCCGAAUAUUUUCGACAACUUGCAGAGAACGCAGAAAAGGAAAAAUUAAGAGCUAUUAUGGAAAAAGAUGAGGCUUUGAGAGAAGUGGAAAAACUGAGACGCGAAAUUUUGUCUAAGGGUGGCGAUAACCAGUUGCCGCUUGAGAUAUCGACAUUUACUUCAUAUAAUUCAUUUGCUUCGUAUUCUCCUUUGGAAAAUGCUGAUCAAACUGUGGACGGUCCAGUAUGUGCACGUUGUGGCAGAGGGAAACGUUCAGAUGCUAGGAACCCGCCUUGUCCGCUGUGUUGUAGCUAA